CUCCGCGCCCAAGCUCCCAAUUUCCCCAAACCCUGGUCGUGCUGGGCCAUCUGCGCUGCAAGCUGGAUCCCCAGGCUGCCUUCACUCGCGAACUUUGAACUUUCUUCCAUCACAUCGUCAAAAAGACUGUCCGUGUUCUGCCCCGGCCUCACGCCUCUCCAAGCACCAUCAACGAGCAAAGCUCGCCCGACCCGUCUCACACGACAUCGAACGACUUCACAACGGCCAAACAUGCUUCGCUCCGCCGACCCGUGAGACACGAUUCUUACCUGCAGUCCACCUUUGGCUUCUCUUCGGUCGAGCGAGGGCAUCUGACUCCCAAGGCAAUCAUCCAUCUCAGCUGCGGGGCUUCUGACAGUGUCACCUCUAUAAUCGAUAUAACGGCGACUUUUCUCUCCAAAACGAUACGAAUAAUAACUGAAUUCGCUGGUCCCGCUUACCUGCUGGAAAGCGUUCAUAAAUGCAAAGGUUGGCGACCAAUCUUCGUAUACGUCGCUCGACUUCAGUCUAAACCGUGUUGGCUCGCUGAGGAUACAGUUGGCGGAUCGGACUAGGGUCCCCUACUGGGUUACGCUGGACGGCCAAUCCUCUUUGCAGACGCGGGACUUGCGUUCGUCUAGGCGGUGAUUUCAUGGCACGAGUACCUGACACACUGCGUUAAAGUCGAAGUACCUGGCGUACCAGCUUGGUAUCGCGCUUCCAGUACGAUCCGCACGUCCAAGAUUUCACCAUGAAUCGGUUUCGAACCAAGAAGAAGAACAAGGAUGAAGUUGCCGCUGCGCGGCCAUCGAUGGAAUCGGACUCGUCGGGCCCAUUCCGCAUGUUUGGUAGGAAGAAAUCGCAGGAGGACACCAAGAAGGAACUGGACUUGGCCUCUGCACUACCGCCCACCGAUGACUUCCGAACGAGUCUUCUCAUGACGGGCCUUUCGGCUCGAUUCUCUAUGCUUCGCGAACAAGAUGAUCCGAACUCGAAACUUGGAAAGGCCAGCGACGACAGUGUUCUGUUCCCGAAAAGGCAAUCAAGAUUAGCGGACUUCGGGUUUGGUGCAGGGCUGCACGACAUCGCCGAGGUUGAGUCAAUUCGGGCAACACCCUUUACUAGGUUCGACUCGUACAACUCGAGCGAUGAUGCUGCAUCAACUUCCGGGAGCAUAAUGAACCGCGCGAAGCCGACCGAUGGCAACAAUCUUUUCGGAGGAAGACAAAAGAUCUACAAAAUUCCGGCCGGAGUCGGCGCCAAGAACGGGGGUAUGGGGGGCAGAGCUUUAUACGGCGAUGAUGUGGCUCAGUCAGCGUUCCAGAAAUGGAGGCAAACUGAGAAAGAACGUCAUUCAUUAGAUGGCCCUGAAGCUGGCGAAGCCAACGAGUCAGACGUGCAAGUCGACUACAGACGACGACGCGAAACAAACUCGACAACGUCCUCGGCGCCAUCGGCAGCACGCAACUCAACCGCCGCUACAUCUGUUGCAUCCUCACAACCGUCAUCAUCUGCCAAGGAUUGGUCGGCAGGUGCAGCUGUGACCCCUGCUGCCCAGCUGCCCGUUCUUGAGCGCAGCGUCACGCGGACACGGAGGCUGUAUGAGCAGGGCCUCAACCAAGACCUCCAGGAUCAACAGUCGUCUGCUGUGUCGCGAAUGGAUACCUUGUCGCGACAACGUCCAUUUGGAACCCGGACGCCAGAUCUCACUCCCCCAGUUCCUUCUCCAACAAAUACAACUUUUGGUGACCGGGUCCUUGAGCGUCGACCGAUCAUGGGCAAGGCUAGUGCCCCGAACCUUCGAUCGUUUAGUCCUCCUGCUUCCUCCAUGCCGAUAAGCCCAGCGGAGAGCAGUAGCAACUUUCCUCGGCCGGAUCCGAAGCCCGCGUUUGUCGCUAGCCCGCCCCUGAGUCCACCCGUCAGCGAGACUGGGGAGCACCCAAUGCUCCCUAUCCAGCCGAAUGAUCGAGGCAAGGCCACAGCGAUGGGAGUAUUCACCCGGCCUGCUCAGCAGUACGAUGAGUUCAAGUACGCUCAGCGGCAACGGCAGCUCCAGCAAGGACGCGAGACUCCGUCUGGGCGUCGACAUGCUGACGUAGGAAUGGUAACGGAAACAUCUCGGUCUCGGUCAUCGUCGUCGCAGAGGCAGCCAAUCGACCGGGAAUUUGGUACGAGAAUAUCGGGAUCAAUUCCAGAAGCAGAAGGUGGAAACGCUACAUUCUUUGAUGAGAGUGACGAUGCGUCCGUGGACAACCGAUCAAGCAUACCUUCAGCCACUCCCCAGCUUAUCAUUGAGCGUCCUGAUGACGAAGCACAUCCAGCCUUUCGAAAGUCCGCACUACCCACGCCUCUUUCCAUUUCGUCGCCGAGAUUCCCUGACAUCACAGCUGGUGCGUCCGGUAGGAAUGAGGCACCCGACCAUGGUAUUGACCCCCCGGAGGAUUCGCCUACUCUGGGUCCAAACACCGGUCUUAGCGGGAUGGUGAGGCAACACUUGCGGCAGGACAGCUCUGCUUCUUCGAUUUAUGGCGCUCUUGAUCAGCCGCCGGUGUCAAGUCCUGCCGAAUGCUCUCAAAGUCGGAUCUCACAGGAGUCGGGCUCGAGCAAAAUGUCCACGGAGGCGCCAGCAGUCCGACUUCGUACCGCGCCUACUGAUGCGACGCCCGAAGAGCAAGAUGACUUCGCUCGACACUUGGCCGAUGGUGCGAGGCGGGUGCGAGAGAGAUUGACGACGUAUGUUGAGUCUGACAACGAGCGCUCAACGCCAACAACCCCCCUGUCCGAGUCAAGGGAGCUACCAGUACCGCGGAGUAGCGGCUUGGGUAUCCUUCGAUCGAAGUCUAGCCGCGGUUCCCUAUUCGAUCGCGAGAGUCGCGAACGCAGCCGCUCGAAAUCAUCCAAGUCACGAGCGCCCGAUGCCGCCAACCGCACAGCAUCUCCGUCGCCUCGAAAGCCGUCGGCGGAAAGCUGUGAGCAGACUCAGCGGGAUGUCAAUACCCCUGACGAGGAUGGGCAAGCGGGCAAGGGCUCACCGGCCUCACCUAUAACGGACAAGGAUGAUAACGUGCACGCUGGCUUGAAGGCUUUCCGCCAAGCUCGACGGGAUUUGCAACGCAUGAAAGAAAUGGAGACUCAGCAGAGACACCGAGCGCCGCCGAAACCGGUCUCCAUGCCCGAGCGCCCACCGCCAUCCCGGAUUGUAUCACACGACAAUGGCCCUCCUCCUGCGUUGUUGAAUCGGAUGCCGCGAGACGAGUCUAGGAGCAGCAGUCGCUCCCGCGCGGGCUCCCAAGCUGCGUCAGAACGUGAGCGAAGCGGCUCCGAGACUAGCACUAACAGCCCCGCGUACACUCGUGCUAACCGACUACGAAACGGAUCUCUCACUUAUGAUGAACAAUAUGGCCAUGCUGCCCCCAGUGGAUUCCCGAGACAGGCUCCCAUGUACGGUGCUCACCCUGCUGACCCAUCUGGUCGUCGGGUAGGCAGAAUGCGGGAGCCUUCUGAUCCAAAAACUGGAUCGUCGGUUCACCCAACUGCGAGCGCGACUUUCGAAUCCCUGAGCUACGCUCGCUCUCGAAGUGGCAGCGUGCUCAGUGCAGCAGCCUCGACGCCGAAUUUGCACGCCAUCGCCAAUGCACCGCCGUUGCCGCCGAUCAACCCCCGUCGCAAGAAUGGCCAAGGCUUCGGCCACCGUGGAGAUGAGGGAGGCGUGAAUGGAUAUGGUGGAGCCGUGUCUGACGAAGAGGGGGGGCCACAAAGUGGCCAUCGCCACGGCGGCCAUCGGAUGGUUCUUGACGCGAAUGGGAGGCUGCGCCAAAGUCCUCCACGAGUGCCGCCACCCAUUCGACCACCGCCACCACACGCCCAUAUGUCAGGCGGCAACCUGCCUGGCGGGAUGAUCUGAUGAUGACCUGUGCCAACGGGCGUUACGACUCGCGAUUGACAAUAUUGUCUCAUUAAUGAGUCUGUGCCGGGUGUCGCACUGUCUAACCUAAAAGCACGCUCAGGCAUGAUGCAGGAGAGUUUUACAGCUUUGCUGCCUCGCUUCAUCAUACCUGGCGACAACCCCAGGCCACAAACAUCGGUGGUGAGAGGCCGAUGAGGUGCCUUGCGGAUGUCGAGGUGUCAUUUUGACGGUUUCUUUAAUUUGCUCUUUUCUUUGCAGUUUAUUGGCAUGUGUACGGUCAUAUAUCACAGCGUUGCUAAAAUCACCAUUGGCGGUUCGAGCGGGCAGCGGAUUGAGGCUGGACUUUGAUCCAUGCUGUGGACAUGAGCGUGGGCGACAUGGCGACAGGCCGCGCAGUGCGAAAGUGGGCGGCUGCUCGCACGCGGCUGCGACCAUCUGUCUACGCAGUAAAUCGCCCGGGAAUAUACAACAUAGCUUAGCCGCAACUGUACUAUAAGAGCUAUUGUUUGCAAAUGAGCAAUCCAGGCAAGGCC